AUGGGGCGGGGGCACCAGGAGUUGCUACCGCACGUGGCGCUGGCCUACCUGCUGGCGACCUGCCUUGCCAUUUUUUGUGUUGCUGCUGGGGCUGAUUGCCUCCCCCAGGCCGCUCCAAUGACGGCGUCCAGAAGCGGCCGAGAGGAUCCAUUCACAGGUGAUUCGCAAGCCAAAACCAUGGGUAGGAGAAUUCUCAAGCAAGAAGACGCCAAAGAUCCUGGAAAUUCGACAGAGCCUGAGAAGGAAGAUGCCGCCAAUCUGUGCGCACGAUUCCCUUACGCUGUGUCCCUUCGCGAUUUCAACGACGUUCACAGGUGCGACGGCGUGCUGAUUAACCACAAUUGGGUUGUGACCGCCGCCCGCUGUGUGGACCCCAACAUCUCCACUUCCGCCGGAGGCACUCCCAUCUUGGUCAUCGGAUCGUGCACGCUUGACAGCGUGGCGAGCAGCCACGGAGAAAUCGAGGAGACGCUGGCCAGUGACGUCAUCAUCCACGAGAAAUACACUGGCGCCGUGGCGGACCCAUUCGACAUCGCGCUCGUGAAGCUGAGCCGCAAAUCCACCCACAAGCCCGUGGGCCUGCCCACCAACCGCGGGGCCAAGGACAACGGCAGCAAUUUCACGGCUCUGGGGUGGCACGCGCGGGAGGACGGCGUGGUUGGGCGGGAGCUCAGGGGCGCCAUACCGGUCAACGUGGUGGAGGACGGGGAGUGCCUGACGGGAGACCUGGAGGGAGCCAAGUUCGGGGAGUCCAUGGUCUGCGGAAAGGGAGCCACGGAAGAAGACCUUUGCGAAGGCUCGCCUGGGGCGGCCCUGCUGCGGCUGUUUUCGCCUG